ACAUCACUACCACCAUGACCAACCAGGAGAAGUGGGCCCACCUCAGCCCCUCAGAAUUUUCCCAACUUCAGAAAUAUGCUGAGUAUUCCACAAAGAAAUUAAAGGAUGUUCUUGAAGAAUUCCAUGGUAAUGGUGUGCUUGCAAAGUAUAAUCCUGAAGGGAAACAAGACAUUCUUAACCAAACAAUAGAUUUUGAAGGUUUCAAGCUAUUUAUGAAGACAUUCCUGGAAGCAGAGCUUCCUGAUGAUUUCACGGCACACCUUUUCAUGUCAUUUAGCAACAAAUUUCCUCAUUCUAGUCCAAUGGUAAAAAGUAAGCCAGCUCUCCUUUCAGGCGGUUUGAGAAUGAAUAAAGGUGCCAUCACCCCACCCCGUACUUCUCCUGCAAAUUCAUGUUCUCCAGAAGUAAUUCAUCUGAAGGACAUUGUCUGUUACCUGUCUCUCCUUGAAAGAGGAAGACCCGAGGAUAAACUUGAGUUUAUGUUUCGCCUCUAUGACACAGAUGGGAAUGGCUUCCUGGACAGCUCGGAACUAGAAAAUAUUAUCAGUCAGAUGAUGCAUGUCGCAGAGUACCUUGAAUGGGAUGUCACUGAACUUAAUCCAAUCCUCCAUGAAAUGAUGGAAGAAAUAGACUAUGAUCAUGAUGGAACAGUCUCUCUGGAGGAAUGGAUCCAAGGAGGAAUGACAACAAUUCCACUUCUUGUGCUCCUGGGCUUGGAAAAUAACGUGAAGGAUGACGGACAGCAUGUGUGGCGACUCAAACACUUUAACAAACCUGCCUACUGCAAUCUUUGCCUGAACAUGCUGAUUGGUGUGGGGAAGCAGGGCCUCUGCUGUUCCUUUUGCAAGUACACAGUGCAUGAGCGUUGUGUGGCUAGAGCGCCGCCUUCUUGCAUCAAGACGUAUGUGAAGUCCAAGAAGAACACUGAUGUCAUGCACCAUUACUGGGUUGAAGGUAACUGCCCAACCAAGUGUGAUAAGUGCCACAAGACGGUUAAAUGUUACCAGGGUCUGACAGGACUGCAUUGUGUUUGGUGUCAGAUCACACUGCAUAAUAAAUGUGCUUCUCAUCUCAAACCUGAAUGUGACUGCGGACCUCUGAAGGACCAUAUUUUACCACCCACAACAAUCUGUCCAGUAGUACUGCAGACUCUGUCCACUUCAGGAGUUUCAGUCCCUGAGGAAAGACAAGCAACAGUGAAAAAGGAAAAAGGUGGUUCCCAACAGUCAAAUAAAGUGACUGACAAAAACAAAAUGCAAAGAGCCAACUCUGUGACCGUGGAUGGCCAAGGCCUACAGAUUACUCCUGUUCCUGGUACUCAUCCACUUCUAGUUUUUGUGAACCCCAAAAGUGGUGGGAAACAAGGAGAAAGAAUUUACAGAAAAUUCCAGUAUCUACUAAAUCCUCGUCAGGUUUACAGUCUUUCUGGAAACGGACCGAUGCCAGGGUUAAACUUUUUCCGUGAUGUUCCUGAUUUCAGAGUGUUAGCCUGUGGUGGAGAUGGAACCGUGGGAUGGAUUUUGGACUGCAUAGAAAAGGCUAAUGUUGUCAAGCAUCCUCCAGUUGCUAUUCUGCCUCUUGGGACCGGCAAUGACUUAGCAAGAUGCCUGCGAUGGGGAGGAGGUUAUGAAGGUGAGAAUCUGAUGAAAAUCCUAAAAGACAUUGAAAACAGCACAGAAAUCAUGUUGGACAGGUGGAAGUUUGAAGUCAUACCUAAUGACAAAGAUGAGAAGGGAGACCCAGUGCCUUACAGUAUCAUCAAUAAUUACUUUUCCAUUGGCGUGGAUGCUUCCAUUGCACACAGAUUCCACAUCAUGAGAGAAAAACACCCAGAAAAAUUCAACAGUAGAAUGAAGAACAAAUUUUGGUAUUUUGAGUUUGGCACAUCUGAAACUUUCUCAGCCACCUGCAAGAAGCUACAUGAAUCUGUAGAAAUAGAAUGUGAUGGAGUACAAAUAGAUUUAAUAAACAUCUCUCUGGAAGGAAUUGCUAUUUUGAAUAUACCGAGCAUGCAUGGUGGAUCCAAUCUUUGGGGAGAGUCUAAGAAAAGACGAAGCCACCGCCGAAUAGAGAAAAAAGGGUCUGACAAAAGGACUACACUCACAGAUGCUAAGGAGUUGAAGUUUGCAAGUCAAGAUCUGAGUGAUCAGCUGCUAGAGGUAGUUGGCUUGGAAGGAGCCAUGGAGAUGGGACAAAUAUACACAGGACUGAAAAGUGCUGGGCGGCGGCUGGCUCAGUGCUCCUCUGUGGUCAUCAGGACUAGCAAGUCUCUGCCAAUGCAGAUCGAUGGGGAACCAUGGAUGCAGACCCCAUGCACGAUAAAAAUUACACACAAGAACCAAGCCCCAAUGCUGAUGGGUCCUCCUCCAAAAACUGGGCUGUUCUGCUCUCUCGUCAAAAGAACAAGAAACCGAAGCAAGGAAUAAACCUGUUUCAUUUUAUUCUUAGAGAUCUAAUUAGCAUAAUUGGGCCAUGGAAACUUAUGCUGGAAACCUUUCAACAUUUCAGUUCUCUUGCUCAUGCAAAAUCAUGGAAUUGGUUAACAGUUUUUGUUACCGAGCUAAUGUAAUAUUCAGCUAUUAGAAAAUUUGUCUCCGUUUUUAUAGGCAUCUUUGCAUGAAGAAGGCAGAAGUGUACAUGAAGUGAUACUGCAUAUUUUUGUUGCACGUGUUCCCAUAGAUUUUUAUGUCUCUCAUCCACCCCUCCCCCAAUUCCAUUUACUAACCUGUGAGACAAAUAUGUGAAACAUAAAAGGAAAUAUCAUGGGAAAUGUGAUUCUGCGUGUGAUUCAAAUUAUUGGUAAGCACUAAUCAGUAAUGCUAUGAUGAUCAUCACUGUAGAUUGCUAUAUUUUUCCCUGAUAGAAUCAGUGCAUCAAUGAUCUUCGAACUAUGACUUGAAAAGAAACUUUUAA